AUGGUUAUCGUGUCGACGCUCUCGCCAUGUUUCGAACAUCGUCAAACUGUUCCGUCGUCCUCCAUCCCAGUGCCGACCCACGGUGUCUGGCCCGUCGAGCGUUUGUCGGCGAAGAUUUCGACGUCGUCGACGCCAGUUUUCGACCUCCGGUUUCACAAGCGAUCUGCUCGAUGGUGCUGGAUGUUGAUCUGCGCUAGCGUACCGUCGCCAAUCCGGGGCAACGCCGUUGCUCCAUGCAGCGUCGGGAGUAAAAUCGCGUUUGGAAACCUCAAUGACCUUCGUCACCCCAUUUACGCGUACCUUCUUCAGUUGCCGGACCAGGCAUGUUUAUUCGACACUUUGGUCGCCACCUUGGAUGCUGCUGAGCCGUGGUACAACCGUUGGUUGGCGAUGCCUCACCUCCACCCGUACAACACGACGUACGAUCUGGGCAAUCAUUCGAUGGGGCUGUUCGUUUCGCACGAUUGGCACGCGACGCUGUCGGCUGACAGAUAA